GUCAAACCCUGGUUGCAGCUUUGUUCUCAUGAUUCUGCUUGUUUAUCUUAAACUCCAUUCAACACAAUUAGCAGUUUCGGAGUAAAGGAGGACAAUAUAUAUGCAACUUAGGCCGAUCAGGUAUAACAUUCUGAGCAGUGCCAGGUGAAGUGAAUAAGACUAAUUAUCUCCUCAUCAUGGCACCUGUUAGUGGGUGGGAUAUAUAAGGCAGCAAGUGAACAAUUUGUCCUCAAAGUCGAUGUGUUAGAAGCAGGAAAAAUGGGCAAGCAUAAGGAUUUGGGCGAGUUUGACAAGGGCCAAAUUAUGAUGGUGGAUAGAAGACUGGAUCAAAGCAUCUCCGAAACUGCACCUCUUGUGGGGUGUUCCCGGUCUGCAGUGGUCAGUAUCUAUCAAAAGUAUCCUUAAAGGAUCUGCUGCUAACAUCUUGGUGCCAGAUACCACAGCACACACCUUCAGAGGAGUCCAUCAUGCCUCAGCGGGUCAGAAAGCACAAUUGCGAAACUUUAUCAUUUACUGGAAAUCAACAACACUGAGGCUAAAAUACAACAUGACAAUAGCUUCAAGGCAUGUGGAUUGCAUCUCUAUGCAAAGUUGGGACUCAUUUGCCUACCCAGGCUCGAUAAAAGGGUGACAUUCACUCUAGCUAGCUAGGCGUUUGUCAGCAAAGGAGACUGAUUUUACUGAUUUCUCAGGCAAAGUUGAAAGACAAUAAACCAAUUUCCAUGUCAAAUUGGUGUAAUAUACGUACGAAUAGUUUGUUGAUUUUGUUUGUUUGUUUGUUUUUCUGCCAGAAUUCAGUGACUAAAGAAUAUAAUGUAUAAGAAUAAACUCUGAGUAUAAAGAGGAAAUCAUCCAGUAACUGAGGUUAUGGUUUAUUAGGUAAUGUCACACACUCAGACGGAAAAAAAAUAAAAAUAACAUGUUUUUUUUUAUAUCUCUAUGUGAGUGUGUUGUGAACUUAACAAAUCUCAUGAAUGAAGAUUCCUUCUUUGUGCAUUAAUAAUGUCAUAAAUGAUGAUCAUGCUAGCACGAGCGUGAACAGACAAACCAAUCCACCAUCUUUUACUAAACGAUAUAAUCACAUUAACAGCAAUUGAAAUGGAUUUAUUUUGCUUCAGAGAACAGAAAAUGUUACAGCUCCUUCAAGGUCUAUAGGCCAGAAUGUAGAAGUGCAAGGUAGAAUUUUGACCAAACUAAAAGUGAUAUGUUUAUUCUUCUGUAAACACAGUGAUGACAAUGAGUAGGAGUAGGUCCUUCUACACCACGUCUUUUGACACCAUGUCCUCCAACACCACAGAGACUGACACUAUCCUGCCCACCACCACCAGUGUCGCUGCCACCAAUCUAACCACCACCCUGCCCACCACUUCCACCAUCACUGUCAUCACUGCCACCAAUAUGACCACCACCCUGCCCACCACUACCACUACUAUGGUCACUGCCACCAAUAUGACCACCACCCUGCCCACCACUACCACUACUAUGGUCACUGCCACCAAUCUGACCACCACCCUGCCCACCAACCUGCCCACCAAUACCACCACCACUGUUGUUGUUGCCACCAAUCUGACCACCACCCUGCCCACCACUUCCACCACCACUGUUGUCGCUGCCGCCAAUCUGACCGCCACCUUCACGACCAACAGCAUCCUGACCAACACCACGUUGAGCCUGUCGUGUCAGAACGGUGGUCAACAAACUAACGGAUUUUGCAUCUGUCCUGAUGAUUUCACUGGUCAAUUCUGUGAGAAAUGUACGUCCUUUUCCACUUCCAUCAUCUUAUUCCAAUAGAAUAAGAGCUCUUUAAAUUAAGUGUAGCUUGUUUUACUUUACUUUCUUUUACUAACAACAACAACAUGGCAAAAUGCUUUGUGAAGAAAUUCCUUCAUGAGCCAAAAAUCUUUUAAAUGCCACCUGACCCUGACUUUAUACAGUACAUGUGCUGUUGUGUAUGUAGCAUUUUGCUCAUUUUUUUCUGGUUUUAAAACUCAACGUAAAAAGACAGUAGUUUAGACAGUUUUAAAACAAUUAUUAAAAGCUCUAUAUAAAUCAAGUGAAUUGAAAUUUUUACUAGUGAAUAAUAACAGUGGCAUUUUAUGGGAUAAAUAUAAACUGCUCAAAAAAUAGCAACAAUAAGGGAAGAUUUAAAAUCACACAUUGGGUCUCAAUGAAUGAACUAUUCAGGCUGAAAUAUUUUUUACUAAUAUACAUGGUGUAAUUCAUUGAAAAUAAAUUGAUGUGUCAAUGGAAACCAAAAUCAUCAACCCAAUGAUGGUUGGAUUCAAAACCGCAGCGAAAAUCUAAGUAAAAAAUUUAAAUUACAAGCUGAUCCAUGCUGACCUUGAUGAAUUUCUGAACAGCAACCCUUGAUGCAAGUCAGUAGUUUAUAUUCAUUUUCUUUUUUUUUCUCCUCUAUUCUUAUUACAGCUUUAUAUAACAGAAUCCAACAAAGUGCCAUUUCUGAAGCUCCUCCUCUGGACAGCCUGUCAGCCAACAGAAUAAAGAUAAAUAACACCUUCGCUAUUCAGGCUGACCAGAUGCCCAUCGAUGUCCAGAUGGACAUCAAGCUUCCACAAGACACCGAAGGCACCAAAAUUGGCUUUGUGCUCUACAAUAACGAUCAGUUCUUCGGAUCCCAGGCCUUCCAGCCGUCACUGGACCUGAAACAGACGAGUGAUCAGUGGACACUUGGAGAAGGACAAGGCCCUGAAGUACAUUCAGUUAAUGAUGAGGACUCAGGUCUUCCUGCAGUGGUGGUGGGAAUCUCUUUAGGAUUCACAUACCAGAUCCAAAACCCCUUAAACUACAGACAGGAAGCUCUCCAUUGGCUGGCUGCAAGAGAUCAGCAGAAAAGUUUGGAUGUAAUGAAGCCCAUGCAGGGUUUUCUGCUGCCGGCUGCUGUCAUGCUCCUCUUUAACAUCGCAGUGCUCUUGUACUUCUCAUACACCACCUGCAGGACCAACCCUGACCUCAACAGCUCACAGGUCACUCCACUGCGCAACAAAAUGCUCAGUUGUGUCUCCAUGGCAGUGGUGCUGGAUCAUCGGCUACUUCCUGCUCCUGGAACCCAAACCCAAACAUCCUCGCCUUCUGCCUCUUUAACACCACGCAGGUGUGAGCUUCAGCGGCUGGCUUUUUCCUAAAUCGGCUUUUUAAUAAAGUCAUGUGUUCAGUUUAAUUUAUUUAACUCCUCAAGGGUCACUUUAGCGAGUUUUACACAAAUUUAAACUACAUUUCCAUGACCAGGGCAUUUCUCGCUAUAUUUUGCUUGUUGGGGUGGGAACGGUGAAAGUCCUCCAUUAGGGAGGGAACCAGAAUAUCAGCCGCAUUGACUACAACUCGAGGUGUCGACUUCCACUACAAACAGCAGGUUGGGAUCAGGGUGACAGACUAUCGGGCCUGUGGUGAAACUCUGCUUGAGUUUGGUGAAAGCGUCUUUGGCUUAAUCUGUCCAGGUAAGUUUCUUGGGUUUUCCUUUAAGAAGUGAUAUGAGGGGCCCGGCUAUGGUGCUAUAGUUAUGGCUGGAUCUUCUGUAGAAGUUAGCGAAGCCUAGGAAGCGUUGCAGUUCCUUGAUGUUUGUGGGUUCGCGCCAGAUGGUGACAGCCGUUACUCUGGACUGAUCCAUCUCCACUCUUUCCUGUGAGAGCACAUAUCCCAGAAUGGUUAUCGUUUUUCAGUGGAAUUCACAUUUUUACAGUUUCACAUAUAGGGUGUUUUCUAGAAGGCAGGAGGGGACAGAACGGACAUGUUUAACAUGUUCCUCAAAGGAGGUUGAAGGAGCAAUGUGGAGGGAGGCUAGUAGCCUUUUCCUUGCUGAAUGUUUUCUGGAGAUCAUGGUAUUCUUGUUGAAGGGCUACGAGAGAAGCCACCCCUGGAUUUCGACAGACAUAGUGAGACAUGGAAUAUUGCUGUAGAAACAGGUAUUGAUACAAUGGGUUGACCAGCAUUUUAAUUCCUCCUCCCUCCAUGAUACAUGAGGGUCGUGUUGUUGUAAUCACGGGAAACCCAAGAUGAUAGGGUUAGCAGAAGAGGAGAUGAUGAAAAAAAGACAGCUUCUCAUGAUGGAAUAGUCCUAUUUGUAAUUCCAGUUGUGUGGUUUGGCGGGUGAGAAAUCCCUCCCCUAUGGGUUGAUCGUUGAUUGCUGUUACGCGUAGGGGAGGAGUACAUGGCACAGUGGGUAGGUGUAGUUUUUUAACCAGGUUGCUGUCUAUCAGGUUGACAUCGCCUCCAGAGUCUAUUAGUGCUGAGACAGGAAAAAGUUCAUGAGCAUAAUGUAACAGGGCAGGCAGGACUAUCUUAAAAACUGAGCUUUUAUUUCCCACCUGUGACGUGGCUGGUUUUUCAAGGCAUUGGUAGACUCGAUGGCCGGAUUGUCCACAGUAGGAGCGAAGUUGAUAUUGCGUUCACCACUGGCAGAAACAGGCAGAGGUCAUACACGAUGAUACAAACAAUGGCAGUGGUAAGGCUUGGUACAUCAUGAGAGAAUGAUAUUUCACGUCUAAUAAUGGGUGCACGCUGAUUUUAUUUUAGGAAGUGUAGUUUGUGGGUGCUCGAAUUCGGGAGUGCUCAAAUUCGGGAGAGGGACAUUAAAGUCAUCUGUUGCUGCUUCUGACAUUUUAGCGUUGACCGUGCCACAACAGAGAUACCUGUUCAUUACACCUCUCAGUCAGAUAGUGUGCACACAGCGUUCCUGGACGUGGAUGAUCGCAUCCACAGGCAGACUCUCAGUGUCCUGCUCCUCCGUGGUGAUGAUGGCAUGUGAUUAAAAAAUCAUAACAAACAUAUUUGAAAGGGGUGGACAAACGGGAUUUCGAAAAAAAAGUGUGUGUGGGGGGGAUGUCCCCCCUGUGGCAAUUAUGCCCCUGACUGUAGCCUUUUUUCUACCAUCCAUGCAGGCAAAGAGGGUUUCUGAGGCUGGAACCAGGUGUGUUUUUUUAAUGUAAACAAACAAACGUCAUACAUUAGCAUACUCUGAUUAAUCGCUGGCUUUGUGGAGAAUCGUUCUCUCACGCUUCUUAAAAUCCGCGGCUUGAAUUGUUAAUGAAAUCAAGCCGAGUUGCUCUCUGAUGCACGGAAAUCAAAUAAUAAACAUAACACAAUUAGCCCAAAUUUAAUAAAAAAGAUAUAUAAUAUUUGUUAAGAACACUUGAAAAAACAAAAAAAACAUACAAAAACAAAAAUAUUGCUCAUGCUUAAGUGUGCUAUUACUUUUCAUGCUGAUAAGUACUGUAGUUUAUUUUUAUAUUAAUUUUUAAAUGCAUUUUUUACGGACUUCACUUCCUCAUAACAAACAUAUUUGAAAGGGGUGGACAAACGGGAUUUCGAAAAAAAAGUGUGUGUGGGGGGGAUGCACGUACAGACAUUUAAGAAGAGCGCACACACUAGUUCGUUUUUUCUCGGAGGUCAUCGGUAGAUGCCGUAAAAGAUGUGUGUAAAACAUCACUCCACUGAUCUCAGUAGUAUUAUAAGAGGCAGUUUAGCUUAUUUGUUAGCGCGCCAGCCGCCCAUGCUGGAGACCCGGGUUCGAGACCCACUCGGAGUUGUAUUUAUAUAUUAUUUGAGAAUUUCUUGCAAUAGCUUAAGCGACAUAUUCGCAAUCACACUCGCAUUGUCUUCUGGAAAUGCAACAUUCUAGUUCUCCUUCCUGUUGCAUCACCUGUUCCCCAUUUACCUUAACGUCUAGCCUUAUAAACAGGGAUCCUUGUGUUCCUGUCAUUAUUGAUCUGUUCUGUGGUCGUUAUGUUUUUUGCCAUAGAUUAUUAGAAGGUUUUUUUAGAUCUAGGUUUUGUUUUAGUUCCUUGCCACGCCAUGUCUCGUGUUUAUGUUAAUAAAGCAGUGCUUCAUUUUAUCCCGCAUUUGGGUCUUACUCCAUGGCCUGCAGGCGCACGCACCACCACGGAAGUCCGGGUUGGAGGCCCGGUCGUGACACAAACACUUGAUUGCUUUUCAUUUUUUUUAAAGAAAGAAAAGCUCUAAUUGGUGUCUGAAAAAAAAAUUGUAGAAAUCAACAUUCCUAGCAAGAAAACGUUCUUUUGUUCUAUUUUAUUACAUGUUUUCCAAAUUUCUGAUUUCUAUUUCUAUAUCUGAAUUUUUCUUAGCCUGAAAAAAUAAUUCAAUUCAAUUCAAUUAAAUGAACAUUGUCACAC